GCUUUGAGGAGAGAGAUGGACGAUAACUUACAGCUCGAAGAAGGUGGAACGACAAAGAUUAUUGCCAAAUCUGGCCGAAGAGCCCGCUUACCAGCCAAUCAGUCAUUUGAAGAACUCCGACCUGCACGGAAGUCGUCCACUUCUGCUUCAUUAGGAGAAGGCCCGCCUUCUAAACCGGCCCGGCGGCAGGGUGGCUGGGCAGAGGAAAGCUCCGGAUCUGGUUCUGCCAAGUCUUCUAGAAGGCGAACUGCUGAGGACUUGGAGGACCAUCGCCUGCGACCACAAACUCCCCAAGGAUCAGAUGAUGAAGGAGAUAUUCCAGUGAUACCAGACCUAGAGGAAGUGCAGGAAGAAGAUCUGACGACGCAAGUUGCUGCUCCACCAAGGUGCCAGGUGAAUCGAGUGAUGACCUACAGCGAUCUGGACAACGAUCUAAAACAUUUCUCUUCGUUCCAGACCUUAGACGGAGAGAUCGACUUGAAGCUGCUCUCCAAGGUUUUAGCACCAGAGCACGAGUUCAAAGAGGAGUAUGUGAUCUGGGACUGGGAUCAUCUGUUUGCAGAGGUGUCCUCAGAGCUUAAGACGGAGCAGGACCAAGGAGAGAGUCCGGAGCUGGGACACAAGGGACCGUGACAUCGCUUCAUUUAACUUCAGUUUCUUUGUACAUAAAGUUAUGAAAAUAAAUUCUUCCAGUGUUUUUUUUUUUUAUAUAUUAAAAACCAGAGUUCCCUGUUACUCGCGCCAAAUCUAUGUUUUUGUGGUUGGUCUUUGUUUACUCUUUUGAGGUUUUUUUCUUCUGACUUGAGUGGCCUAAAGGCCAUCGUUUGAAAGGAGCAGUUUCAGAUAAAAAAAAAAAAUGUCCUCUCUGUACGGGCAGCAUUAUCAACAUCCAAACACAAGUCCAAGGUUGAUAAUCAGCUAAGCUCAAAUCCAGUUGAUUGUGUUCAAAUUAACAUUCCUCAUUAAAGCCCACAACCUUAUUGUUAUUGACCGUGCCAUUGACUUUAUCUUGCAGCUCUUCGAUAGUAGCAACCCCUUCUUCGCUAUUAUCUCAAAUGCAUAGAGCAGAGUUCCUAUUGACACGCGGAGGAUUAGCAUACAUUAUACUUUUACUGAAUUAAAAGGUAUGGAUGGAAGUCUGGAGCACGACGGCUGCAACUCUUUAAAGUGAUGAACAAAUCCUUUUUUUUUUUUUUUUCUCCCCAAGACA